GGUUUUUUUGUGCUGGAGUUGACUCGAAACUUGACAGUCUGUGAAAGCUGAUUAAGGGUAAUGAAAUGGUCGAGCGACUAGCCAGAGGAAUUCGACAGUCGGUAUGUGAAAUUCCACAUGUAAUGAUGUAACGAUAGGAAAUGGAAUGGAAGCUAUUACGACCAUGCCUUUUUUUGUUUUGAUUUUGUUACGUCUACAAUGAUAUGGAGAACAGAAAAGUGUAUCUUGCACUACAAGGUGUUGUUUUAACCAAUUGUCUCGUUGUUAAAUAGAUGGAGACACUAUUUACACCUUAAUUUUACCUAUUAAUUUCAUGCAUUGCGAAUGAGUCCUUCAUGUAAAGUUGACGUAAUAAUUUCACUCAUUAAUUUGAAUGCAGCUUAAAACGAGAUAGACGGCGACACAGGGACCAUGUUUGAAACGAUGUGACGGCAGACGCUUGAAUGUUAUUUUGUUGUGUAGACAAGGGUUUAUGUUAGAAUACAUUUGGCAACAUCACCAAAGUCGUAUGUUUUUGUUUACCUUAAUGCGGCAACAAUGUCUUUACUCAUACUCAUUAAUCAGCUGAAACUUGUGCAUACAGGGUGAAUUUCUAUUUUUUGUGCAAAACAUUAGUUGAAAUUUACAAAAUUCGCUGUAUUUAGGAAAUAACGGAUCGAUUAACUGUACUUUUUGUAAAUAUUUAGUCUGUAAGUAUGUCGCUUAAAUCGCAAUACAACCUAAAAAGUCCAGGCGUCAAAAGACUGAUGCGAGAAGCCUGCGAACUGGCAGAUCCGACAGAGGAAUACUUCGCGACACCGCUGGAAGAUAACCUGUUCGAGUGGCACUUUACGGUUCGUGGACCGCCGAAUACGGAAUUCGAAGAUGGGGUGUACCACGGGCGUAUACUGCUACCGUCCGAGUAUCCCAUGCAGCCGCCUAACAUUAUCUUACUGACGCCGAACGGUCGCUUCGAGAUAAACAAAAAGAUCUGCCUGUCGAUCUCGGGCCACCAUCCCGAAAGUUGGCAGCCGUCGUGGUCGAUACGUACCGCCCUGCUCGCCCUAAUCGCCUUUAUGCCAACGUCGGCGGCGGGCACGAUCGGCUCGCUGGAGUACACGAAGGAGGAGAGGCAGGCGCUCGCGAAGAAGUCGAAAUCGUGGGAGUGCACCAUCUGCGGUAGGAUAUGCGAUAAGCUGUCGCAGGGCGCGACCUCCGAUCCGCUGACGACCGAGGAGAGCUCGAUGUUGAACCACAUCGCGCUGAAGGCGGAGGAGGAUUCGAAGACGAAUGAUUCGGUUCGACAUAGAACGGCUGGUGCGAGUGUUGGGGAGGUUCCGGAGGCGUUUGUCAAUAGUAUUCCGCAAUCAAAUAAAGAUCGACUGUGGGAGAUGGUUAUGUGGGUGUUGCUUGGAAUGAUCGUCCUUUUGAUCGCCCGACGAUUCUUUUUCCUCUAAUCUAAUAGGUAGAUUGUGAUACGCUUUAUUUUUAUUGUUUUCGUUAGUCUUAUUUACAGAUUUAGGCACUUUAGAUUUGUAUACGUACUAUAAAGGACAGUGCAGCGGUUGUGAUACCCCCCCAACCCCCUCCCCUGAAACUAUAACGAUCGUGCACCUACUUUACCCUCGUUCCUUAUGUAAAUUUGUAUUAUUUGUUACAAAAUAAAUUUAUUUAUAAAGUGUU